AUGGCGUCACCAGGCACAUUGAAUGUGGUUGUGACCGGCAAUCCUCCAUUCAUGGAGUAUGAUCACAACACAUCUCAGCUGGUCAGAGAUGCUCUGCCGAAUAUCAUCACAAGGUCGAACCAAAACGAUAUCCGGAUAUUCAAGUAUUUCCGUGACACCUUGGAUACCUACGACGAUGUCCGGUAUGUCUCUCGUGACAUAUGGAGCGGCAAACGUUCGCUAUUUUUGCCAAAGCCUGAGCCGGAUGACAAGGAGGAACAUGUCAAUGUCGACUUUAUUCUCCAUCUUGGUAUGAUUGCUUUGGGAUGGGACCCUAAUCAAUUCCGCUUCGAGACGAUAGCGCACAGAGAUGGAUACAACCUCCCCGGUGACGAUGGCAAGCUCGUCGACUCCGACCAGCUUAGGCGCCUUGGCUUGCCAGAGAUGCUAUCAACGUCAUUGGAUGUCAAGACUGCAUGGCGCAAGGUAAAACGACGUUAUCCAGAUGUCACUUCAUGUGUUUCAGGAGACGCUGGGCUCUACUUCUGCGAAUUCCGUCUUUACUCGUCGCUCGCUGAGCCUUUGUUGUGCAAAGAGUUUGAAGACAAGAAGGGCCGUGUCGUAUUCCAACAUUUACCUCAAUCUCACGACUCGAAGGCAAUCGAGCUUGCUCGGGAUAUCACCAUCACCUACAUCGCCAGUCUCGCCGAUGAUCCCAUGUUCAAUACUAACCGCGUGGAUAUUUGA